CACACACACACACCCAAAGAGUCAAAUGCCUAUAAAAUCACUUCUCGAGUAAUCUCAAGGGCCGGCCUUAAUGUUCUAGCAACAAGAAAAAGAAGGAAGGCCUCCAUUUCUACUACAGCAGUACCGCACGCCGGUCAAAAAGAAGAAGAAAGCCGCACCAAAAACAUUGCGGUUGCCAUUCCUACUUGUAAAUCCUACUGAAAUGGGAAGGUCUCCUUGCUGUGAAAAAGCUCAUACAAACAAAGGUGCAUGGACCAAGGAAGAAGAUGAUCGCCUUGUUGCUUACAUUAGAACCCACGGUGAAGGUUGCUGGCGUUCACUUCCUAAAGCUGCUGGCCUUCUAAGAUGUGGCAAGAGUUGCAGACUUCGUUGGAUCAACUAUUUAAGACCUGAUCUUAAACGUGGCAAUUUUACUGAAGAAGAAGAUGAGCUCAUUAUCAAACUCCAUAGUCUCCUCGGCAACAAAUGGUCACUUAUAGCCGGAAGAUUACCAGGGAGAACAGAUAAUGAGAUAAAGAAUUAUUGGAACACACAUAUAAAAAGGAAGCUCUUGAAUAGAGGCAUAGAUCCUGCGACUCAUAGGCCACUCAAUGAACCAGCCCAAGAAGCUUCAACAACAAUAUCUUUCAGCACUACUACCUCAGUUAAAGAAGAGUCGUUGAGUUCUGUUAAAGAGGAAAGUACUAAGGAGAAGAUAAUUAGCGCGGCUGCUUUUAUAUGCAAAGAAGAGAAAACCCCAGUUCAAGAAAGGUGUCCAGACUUGAAUCUUGAACUUAGAAUUAGCCUUCCUUGCCAAAACCAGCCUGAUCGUCACCAGGCAUUCAAAACUGGAGGGAGUACAAGUCUUUGUUUUGCUUGCAGCUUGGGGCUGCAAAACAGCAAGGACUGCAGUUGCAGUGUCAUUGUGGGUACUAUUGGAAGCAGCACUAGUGCUGGCUCCAAAACUGGCUAUGACUUCUUAGGGAUGAAAAGUGGUGUAUUGGAUUAUAGAGGUUUGGAGAUGAAAUGAUUAAAGAUACCUGGAGCUAAUUAAUGUUGAUGUUGUAGUUGAAAAAGAACGGAGAGAAAUGAUAAAAGGGAUUGCUAUUAGAUUGAAAAUCUCUUAAAUUAAUCUCUCUCAUCUUUUAUUUUUCCUAAUCUCUAAUUUGUAUGAAUACACUAUUUGUACAGUUUAGUGAUCAUUAUAACUGGUGAAUGUUUUCCACUCAUCGAGAUAUUACUUGCUU